AUGUGUAAUCGAAAGCCCAGUUUUAGGUUAGAGAUAGAUAACUUCUCUGAGAAGGAAGCAUGCAUAGAGUCUCCGACAUUCGUGAGUGGCGGAUGCGAAUGGUAUCUCUUUCUUUAUCCAAAGGGAGAUAGUCUCUGUGAUGAUCACUUGUCUUUGUACCUGAGCGUUGCAAAUACUCAAUUAUUGCAAAGUGGAUGGAAAAGAAGUAUUAAUUACUAUUUUAUCGUGGUGAAUCAAUGCCACAAAGAGCUCUACAGAUCAUCAAGGCUUGGUGGACACCUUUUCUGUGCUGAGAAUCCAUCCUGGGGGCAACGAAAGUUCUUGCCUCUUGAAAAAUACCAAGAAAAAGGGUUUCUGGAGAAGGACAGACUCAUCAUUCAAGUCUACAUUGACAUUUUAGAAGCUACUGAUGGAAAAGACCUAGAGGUGUCUCGGAUCAAACAACGCUUGCAGAAUAUUGAGUCUUGUUUCGUGAAGAAUUGUGUAGAGUUCAAAUCUAAAGAGAUUUCCUUGGAGAAGGAGGAGUCAGAUACUGACGCGUCUCGGAUUAAAAAACUUGAGGAACGAGUGAAUAAUCUUGAGCUAAUGAUAUCAGAUGAUGUUAAUGCGUCUCGAAUCCAGCAACAAGAGGAACGCAUCAAGAGCCUUGAGACGAUGAUGUCAGAUCUCAAAGUUGGUCUGGACAUGGAGAAGGCCAAGUCUUGUGCUGAUGGAUUUUUCGUGGUCGACCACAAUGAUGUUUUGAUGUAGAGAUCAAGUUAUUAUUCAUUUUGUUUUAAUUUUUUUUUUAAUUUUUCUUGCUUUCUGAAGCUUAUUAGUCAAGAGAUUUUUUGCUUAUAUGGGUUAUGUAAAUGGUUUCAUUCUCUCUUUUAUCUGCUACCUUGUUUUGGCAUUUCAUUGCUCUCCAAGCUUCCGAUAUUGCUUAUGGCCUAAGACACACAAAAACUUAAUCACAUCUCAAAAUUAAUACCGAUGAUCAGAAAAU